UUUAGAUUUAGAGGGAGUUAUACAAUGAAGGUAUCUUUUCUGUCUGGCAGAUAGAUUUUCUGGUCUGACCUCGGAGUUUGAUGUUAGAAGCAUGUACUUUGCAAUAAAGCUCAGGCCGUAUCUUUGUUUCAUUUCCCUAACACUCGAAAGAAGUUUCGUAAAAUUGCUGCGGGCUUGACUCUUCCCCUACUAUUUCUGAAAAUGCUGCUGAAUAACAAAUGCUUGCAUACUUGCAAUAUAUAUCAUACUGUGGGUAAAGUGGAAAUACAGACUGAUAUUUCUCUCUCUUCCUGGUGAUUCUUUCUCUGUUUGACAUCUAACAUUAGCUGGGCUAUGUCUGAAACAGCUCCUUUUGCCUUUUUUUUUUUUUUUUUAAGUGCGGUAUUUAUGUUACCAAAUGUUCUUCAACCAGAUUUAAUAGAAAUGAAAGUGGAGUAUGUUGAUGAAUCUUUUAUGUAUCUUUGUACAGAUAAUUUGUAUGCAGUUAUUAAUUGUUACAUGUAUAUGGUGGUACUGAUAAUAAAUUUAGUUGGAGGUUACUCUUGCUGGAUUUGUAUUUAUUCAUGGCCUCACAACACUUUGCAGUAUAAAUUUAUUCUGUGUGGAUAAUGUCAACGGAAUAAAUAAAUCCUAAACAAGCAGUGUAUUGAGUAGGGCACGGAUGGGUUCUCAUUUAGUUGCAGUUCCCAGUUAAAAUAUUUCAAACAAGGCAACUGUAGAAAUACAGCUAUAGAUAGUAUCAUGUGGCAUAUUUUUAGCAUCUGAUGCAAGUGUUAAAGUUUAACUCUUUAAACUUUAUGCAACUCUUUAAACUUUAUGCAAGUCCUACAAUUAAUAUUAAACAUAAACAUUUGGUUUGGGAAAGGUACCUGUCUGUUUCCUUGAUGAACGGGUGGUAUUGGACAAUGUUGUGUGCAAUCCUCCAGUGUUAAAAUUUAAAAAGCAUUUUACUUUCUUAAAUACGAAAGUUACCACAGAAAGAAAAAAGAAAUUCCUGGAAUUUCUGUUAAACGCUCUAGGACACAGCUAUUCAAUUUUUUCUGUGUUAUCUUUUUCCUUCUUGAAAGUAGGGAUUUUAUGAACUCAGGGUAAAGCAGGUCUCCCUUUUUAUAAGGAGCGUUUAUUCAGCAUACUUCUAUAUUGCAGCUGCUGAUCAUAUUUCAUAGAGCUGUUAAAGCACUUAAAACCUAAAAUUAGGUACUGUCUGGUAGUAAAUAUUUCAAAUCGCUCCUUGAAGAAAUGGGCAUAAAAAAGAGACAUUUUGAAAUAUAUCGUCGAGAAAAAACUACUGAGCUGUAAAUUGAAAGGAAGAUAAUUUCUGCUUGUGGAGGAAAAGAAAGGUGAAUAACCUCAAUGGAAGACUCUCAGGAUCUAAGUGAGCAGUCAGUGAAGAAGCCGUGUCCAGAGUCCGAUGGUUCAGAGCCGCAGAAUCCCAGGUCUAUGGAAAUGCAGGAUCUAGCCAGUCCUCAUAAUCUUGUUGGAAGUAGUGAUGCACCAGGUAGUUCCAAACUGGAUAAAUCUAAUCUCAGUAGCACAUCAGUCACAACAAAUGGAACAGGAGGAGACAACAUGACUGUGUUAAAUACUGCAGACUGGUUGCUGAGUUGCAGUACUCCCUCCUCUGCAACAAGUAUGAGAGACCCUGUGUCUCUUCUUGCAGUCAAAACAGAACCCAUGAACAACAGUGAAACAGCAACAACAACUGGAGAUGCAUCGCUUGACACGUUUACUGGGUCAGUAAUAACAAGUAGUGGCUACAGUCCCAGAUCAGCGCACCAGUACUCUCCACAGAUAUAUCCCUCCAAGCCCUAUCCGCACAUUCUUUCUACACCAGCAGCUCAAACAAUGUCUGCCUAUGCCGGACAGACGCAGUAUUCAGGAAUGCAGCAGCCAGCGGUCUAUACAGCCUACUCACAGACAGGACAGCCCUACAGCCUACCCACCUACGAUUUGGGUGUAAUGUUGCCAGGCAUCAAGACGGAAAGUGGGCUUUCGCAGACCCAAUCUCCCCUGCAGAGCGGGUGCCUCAGUUACAGCCCAGGGUUUUCCACCCCACAGCCAGGCCAAACACCCUACUCAUACCAGAUGCCAGGUUCUAGUUUCACACCAUCAUCCACUAUUUAUUCAAACAAUUCUGUUUCAAAUUCUACAAACUUCAGUAGUUCACAACAGGAUUAUUCGUCAUACACAGCAUUUGGCCAAAAUCAGUAUGCACAGUAUUACUCAGCAUCAACAUAUGGUGCAUAUAUGACCUCAAACAACACGGCUGAUGGCACUUCAUCAUCAUCAACCUACCAGUUACAAGACUCUCUCCCUGGCUUGACUAGUCAACCAGGUACAGAUCUACAUUCAGGAGAGUUUGACACAGUGCAGAGCCCUUCCACGCCAAUCAAAGAUCUUGACGAGAGAACAUGUAGGAGUUCUGGGUCAAAGUCUCGGGGUAGAGGGCGGAAGAAUAAUCCAUCACCCCCUCCAGACAGUGACUUGGAGCGUGUAUUUGUUUGGGAUUUGGAUGAAACAAUCAUAGUCUUUCAUUCGCUGCUUACAGGAUCCUAUGCACAGAAGUAUGGCAAGGAUCCACCCAUGGCAGUGACCCUUGGACUACGAAUGGAAGAAAUGAUUUUUAAUCUUGCUGACACACAUUUAUUUUUUAAUGAUUUAGAGGAAUGCGAUCAAGUUCAUAUAGAUGAUGUUUCUUCAGAUGAUAAUGGACAAGACCUAAGUACCUACAGUUUUGCAACUGAUGGCUUCCAUGCAGCUGCAAGUAGUGCAAACCUUUGUCUGCCAACAGGUGUAAGAGGAGGGGUUGACUGGAUGAGGAAGCUGGCUUUCCGUUACAGAAGAGUAAAAGAGUUGUAUAAUACUUACAAGAACAACAUAGGAGGACUUCUGGGUCCCGCUAAAAGAGAUGCGUGGUUGCAAUUAAGAGCAGAGAUUGAAGCUCUGACAGACUCCUGGCUAACAAAUGCACUUAAAUCAUUAUCAAUUAUCAGCACAAGGAGUAAUUGUGUAAACGUGUUGGUAACAACAACCCAGCUUAUCCCAGCACUUGCAAAAGUUCUACUAUACAGCUUAGGUGGAGCUUUUCCUAUUGAAAAUAUAUACAGUGCAACCAAAAUAGGAAAAGAAAGUUGCUUUGAACGAAUAAUGCAAAGGUUUGGCAGAAAAGUAGUAUAUGUUGUAAUUGGGGAUGGUGUAGAAGAAGAACAGGCAGCAAAAAAGCACAACAUGCCUUUCUGGAGGAUAUCCAGUCAUUCGGACCUCUUGGCUCUCCAUCAAGCACUGGAACUAGAGUAUUUGUAACAGUGUUCUAAAGCUGGUGAUCCUUUUACAUAUAUAUAUAUAUAUGUAUAUACACAUACAUAUAUAUAUAUAUGUAUACAUAUUUCAAGUACACUGAAUUUUUAUGUGUGAUUCAACGCCUCUGGCUUUACACAUAUGAAUUGUCUUAAGAAGGGAAGAAAUAUUUGGAAUUAAAAAUUCCAAAUUGAAGAAUUCAGAUUGCUGAAUGGAGUUAAAAUAUUAGUGCUACGUAAGAAAGCUCUAUGGUCUUAUAUAUGCAACGUUUUUAAAUGAAUUAAAACUGUGGAGGUUGCUGGUACACACCAAGUGAGCCCUGGCAGGAGUGAACAAAGGACUCGAACUGGCAAAGCACCAAAACGCAUUUUCCAGCCAACAAGGUGGUGUUCAACAACAUUCCUCAAAAUGGGAUAUAUUCUCAGCACUGAGGUUUGAACCAGACUUUAGCCUACCUAACCCAAAAAAUCUGAAUUGGAAUGCACUCAGACUGUAUAAUGACAAUCCUGUCUAGACGUGUAAUUUGUGUAAAUUAUUGAUGAAAAUAAUUUACUGUGACUUUAUUAGCAGCUGAUUUUGGAAGUGGAUGCAAUUUUUCUUUCUUUUUUUCUUUUGGGGUGGGGGCAGGGGAGGGAAAGGGUUAUAUAAUAUUGUGUCUUUUAUAAGUUUGGCAAACAGAAUGUGCAUAUGAUGUGUUGUGCCUUAAAGAGAUGACUGUGUUCGUGUGUUAUAAUGUAAUUUUGGUUAAAAACUCUGUAGAUAAACAAAAAAACCUUUGUGAUAAUUUUUGACAUGACCAAAUUUGAAAUUCAAAGAAAUCAAAGAGCAGGGCUGCACCAAAGAAUUUAAGUAUUUGUUGCAGUAAGAAAAAAAUAAUAAAGGAAAGUUUGUGUUUUUAUUUGGA